CCUUCCUUAAAUCACCUGCUCCAUCCGCGAUGAGAUUUCCAACAGAACUUACUGACAGUCAAGAGACCAGUAUUUGCCGAUAUCAAAUUAAGCAACAAAUCUCAGCUUGUUACCAUAAUGGCAUCCUCUCGGAAGCGUCAUUCGGACGAAGAGUGGCUCCAGCAUCGAGCUACAAUCCAGCGCAUGUUCCUGGACGAGUCGGCUUCAUUCAGCGAGAUUAUGCGAAAACUCGAAGAAGACGAUUUCCCCGUAACGAAAUCGCAGCUUGAGUACAAGCUGAAGAUGUGGGGUCUCCGUAGGAGAAUUCCAAAGAAUAAGACCGAAAUAUUGUGGCAAUUCGUCGAUGGCCGCCUUUCAAAGCGGGAGAAGCAGGGUAAACUCAGUGAGGUCAUCUAUGAUGGCAAAGUCAUUGCGCCAGCCAAGGUCAGAAAGGAGAGACGCCGAUAUCAGACAACUUCUCUGGUGAAAUAUCAGCAAGGGCCUGCGAGUCCCCGAACACCUCAAGAGUUCAACAUCUCGGUCUGUACACCAGCACCACUUCAUGUCCAGUCCUCAUGGCCGAAAAGCCUUCCUUGGCUACGAUUUCGGGCCGACUUUCCAGAAUCUUUCGAGGCGUGCUUGAAACCUGGGACUGGCACCAGUCUAUCGAAUAUUCAGACAAAUUUCCACAUGUGGCGAAUCCUGGAAUUGCAGCAAUUGAGUGACAAUCCGAACGUCUCUCUCCUUGCCAAACAACUCGAUUCGAUAAUGCCUGAGGCAAAAGAGCGGGAGAAUGAGAGUCUCGCACACUCUCUACUCAAAGCCCAGAGUCAAACGACAAUACCCGAAUACUGUAAACUCCUUAUUUAUCGGAUCUCGAACAAUAUGGAAGGUUUCUGGAAUGAUUUCCAGCUUACCCAAUUGUCUUGGAUUCUGGAUGUGCUCAAUAAUUCCAACAUGAUGAAUUGGAAACUGACGAGUGGGAAGACAUCAUGUCCAACAAUUAACGCAUUUGUCGAGAAAGUUUUCCAGAAUACACUCGCGACAAUGUAUCGCAUUUACAACGAUUUUGAAUACAGUUCCGAACUGGCAAAAGCCAAGAAGGUCAUAUCGUGGCUGUUGUCCUUGGGCCAAUCUCCAAAUACGCCAAUCCGGGAGAGCGACGGAACAUACACACCACUGGAGCUGGCAGUGAAUAUGGGUGACUCGGAACUCGCUCUUGAGAUACUUGAUGCUGGUGCCGACCCAAAAAUCCCGUACUUUGGACUUAGAGACGUUCUAAGCGACUUCGAGCAUUUUUUCUUACUCGACGACAAAGAUAACCUCGACCCUAAGAUGAUUGAAGUUUUCAAGCGCCUUGUAGCUUCCGGUCUUUCCCUGAACGAGGAAAAGGACGACGUUGGGCCUUCCGCUUUGAUGGAAGUCGUGAGUCAUGGUACUGUGUGUCUGGUUGACAUACUUAUUCAACGUGGGGCCAAUGUUCUGUACACUUCACCUGAUGCCACUGGUUUCUUCAGGAAAGUCAGCGUACUCGGUUUCGCAGCCACCAUCAACGAAGAGAAAAAGGCACUGGUAAUCAUUGACUAUCUACUCAAGCGUGCGCAGUCAGCAUACCCGCACGUGCCGCUGGCAGACUUCAUCGAGAUUGAUGUGGUCCUAAAUGCUGCGUCAAAUGGUCACCUUGCGGUUCUCUAUUUUCUCUACAAAAUUGGCUACAAUGUGGUUGUUGCUGAGAGCAAAGGAAUUACUGCACUGCAUAUGGCAGCAGCUUCUGGGAUUCACAGUGUCUGCAGAUGGCUUCUCAAUCAUGGCUCAUUGGUCGACGGGCCAGACCUAUUGAACGAGUGUCCGUCUCCUAUGAUUGUUGCAGCAUCCCGUGGCCACGUGGAUAUCGUCAAGCUGCUACAUCGACAUGGGGCUGAUCUCAACAGGACCUUCGAUGUCAAUUGCAACUCUCGGAAGUGCGGGCACUCGCAAUUUGGUCUUUUCUAUAGGUAUCUUGAGUAUUUGGGAGAUUUUUCUAUAAACCCUGCAGGGGCUGCGAUCCUAAGAGACGACUGGAAUAACGCAGAAUAUAGAUACCUUGCUCAAAAUGGGGCCAGAUUGCCCGAAUGGGCUGCAUAUUACGGCGCACUCAGCGACAGCACUUUAGACCUUAUCAAGGUUGUGUUGAAAGACAAGGCCAACGUCAACUGGCUCAGUUGUGACAACAAGACAACGCUGCAUGCCGUGCUAUCAUUAUCUUACAAGAGUCAUUUUAUGCGCGGGCAUACAGACGACUACAAACCCAGACGUGUGUCUUUGGCAUUCGAACUCUUGAGCGCUGGUGCUAUUCUGAUGGGGGGCGAGGUCCAAUUGGCGAUGCUACUAGGCGACUGGAGCCUUGUCGAAGAAAUUCUUCGAAUUGGAUCUCAUGACAUCUUCCAGUGGAAAGGCGCCAUGUCACCACUGGAAAUGGCAUUUCUCUCAGGAUCUGAAAAUAUGGUGCAGUACGUGUUCAAGAGCAAUCCAGAAGCAUACAGUGGCGGCGCCCUUUGUGCCGCUAUUAUCUUCGCACUAGAGCACAACAGCACGACAUGGCUUCAGAGACUUCUAAAAAAUCGUCAUCAAUCUGAAAGUAUGUCGAAUUUGGAGAGAACGGCCGUAUAUCUUGCUACUUGGAGCGCCGAAAAGCACGUGCUGAGAGUUGUUUGCGGUGAAUUCAAAGCAGAACUUGGAGCCCUUUUCCCCCUGACGAGAAAUGACAACUCAUCAUACUACCGCACUUCGAUAGACAAAUAUUUGAGUAUGUGGAAGAGCAGAGAGCGAGAACUGCCUUUUUGGCACGACGAUCACUGUUUGGUCACUCAACCGCUCUCGGUCAUACUUCAGUCAUCAAGAUGGGAGUCAGAACUUCAGGCAAUCGGACACUGUGGUCAAACUGAUGCAAUAACUCUCUCCAUCAAUCUCAAAAGCGAGGAUAUUCUUCAACUUCGACUUUCCGCAAAACAACAUGAUUCGUUGAAAUCUUUGCGUAUUGCCAUGCGGGAGGGGAAUUUGGAAGUAGUGAAGGCUCUUCUGGAUGCAGGGAUAGACGUCAACAGUUCAAUUUAUGUAGGCGAAUGGUUUGGGAAAAGCUUCCUGCAGCAAGCUGUAGAAAGCCAAAACCUCAGCAUGAUCGAUUUGCUCCUCAGAGCAGGCGCCGAGAUCAACGCACCAGCAGCGAGGAAAUGCGGUGCAACAGCUCUACAGCUAGCAGCCAUCAAAGGAAGGGUCGGGACUGCAAAGAUGUUAAUCGAAAGGGGGGCCGACGUCAACGCACCACGUGCAGAAAAGGGCGGUGGAACCGCUUUAGAAGGUGCGGCCGAACAUGGGAGGUUAGAUAUGGUUCAGCUACUCUUGAGUGAGGGAGCUGACACGGGCGGGAGAGGCCGUUUACAAUACAUGCGGGCAAUCAGAUUUGCGGAGCAGGAAGGGCAUGUGGUUGCGUCGAACAUGCUGAGAGACUAUCGGGACUGGACGACUGCUGACGAUGACCUGUGGAUGAAGUUGAAAGGCUUUCCGAGAAAUUGGGAAGAAAAGCUGGAAGACUUUUUCUUCGGUUAUGGUGAACAAUUGGAAGUUGAGGAUAGACUAAAGGCAUCGGGAACAUUAUAGGGGUGGUUCGAGCCUGGAAGACGCUAUAACAAGGGAUCCGGAAACAGAGUCUACGGAUGGGAUAGACGGGCAGUGUUACUGGCGAAGAGUGGUCAGUCACGAUCCAUCCUCUGGAGUGGACUACAAGGCUCGAGACUUGGUUUUGGUGCGUUGGUGUCAAGUGUAAAAUAGUCCUUUGAUUUGAUGUGCUUCUUAUUGAUUAGGAUUUAAUUGGAAUUCAUUGAAGAGCAGCA